UUGCCACAGCAAAUAGACAUUAAAUCAGACAGAAAAAUUCAAACUUUUGAACAAACAUCAUUUCAAUUUAGUCCCAAAAUAAAUUUAGAAAAACAGAUCCAUGGCUAGCGCUCCCAAGAAGGUAAUCGUGGUCGAGUCGAAAACCAAUUUCGAUAGCAUCAUCGGCGGGGCGGGCAACAAGCAUAUUCUGGUGGAGUUCUAUGCCACCUGGUGCGGUCCCUGUGCCCUCAUCGGGCCGCGACUCGAGCAGAUGGCCAACGAGUAUGCCGGGCGCAUGCUUAUUCUCAAGAUCGAUGUCGACGACCACGAGGAGCUGGCCAUCGAGUACGAGGUCACCAGCAUGCCUACUUUCCUAAUCAUCAAAAACAAGGUGACCCUAGCCCAGUUUGUCGGUAGCAACGCAGAGAAGGUCGAAAGCACUGUGGAGAAGUUCGUCGGCAAGCCGGAAGGAAAUAAGACUGACAUACCCGAGAGAGCUGGAACCUCGCAUGCCGUGGCCGAGGCCGCCAAGAAUGCCUUGGCAACGGGUGGAGCAGAGAAGAGAUUCACGAAGAAGUCAACCAUGGAUAAGAAGUGAGGUCUUGAAAAAUUUCGACGAAUGCUCUAAAUUAAAAAUGUAACAGUC